AUGGCGAUUAGAGUUAAAUGACAUUUAGUAGUUAAAAAAUUUAAUCAACAAUUUCAAGAAUUUCUUGUGGUAGUUGUUCGAUUCGGAAAUUUGUAUUGCUCGGAAUAUUACGAUCGUGUGUAUUUCGUGUAUUUUCCCACAAACAUUGCAGCGGUUUCGUGCGGGUUUCCUGUGGAAAUCGAUAAACUUCAAGGGUCAAACGUCGAACUUGCGCGCAGGUUUGCCUGGAAGUGUGUUAUUUCUCUCGUAGAGGAUCCUACGCGUCAAGAUGUCCACGUUGGUGACAGACAAGCUGCUGGAUGACAUGAAUAGCAUACCGUUAGCCGACGAUGAUCCACAAGUGAUAAUUCCCGAAGAGGAAAUAUUGGAUAAUAGCUGCCACAUAUCUGAUGCGCUUGGUAGUGGACACAGCAUGGAUUCUAUACCAUCUACAUUCACAAAUGGAAGUUGUAGUCCCAAUAGUUUAGAUCCUGAUAUAAGCCCAGAUGAGCAAGAAGAGAAGGCUAGACUAAUUGCUCAAGUGCUGGAACUUCAAAAUACGUUAGAUGAUUUGUCUCAGAGAGUAGACAGUGUAAAAGAGGAAAACUUGAAGCUAAGAAGUGAAAAUCAAGUGUUGAGCCAAUACAUUGAGAAUCUAAUGUCAGCAUCGAGUGUUUUUCAAUCUACAAGCCCUAACACCAAGAAAAAGUGAAUUCAGGAUCAUUAUAUUAGAAAACAAAUGUUGAAAAAACAGGGAUCUUAAAAUAAUGUGAUCUUUAUUUCUCCAUGAAAAGUAUGUACUUGCGUUUACAAUUAUAACUGCCUUAUUUAAUGAGGGGAAAAUAAAAUUAUUGUAGAUAUAAGAUUUUUCAAAAUAUCGUUU